CUGUGCUUCAUGUCCUGUUUGCAUGUCCAAAUGAUCAGCCCGUUCAUUCACUCACUGCAAAGUCUCAUUAGCUGAGCUGCGUUUCCUGUGUUUCCAGCACAAUGCCUGGCAUCAGUGACUUGAUUAAACAGCCUGUGGGGGGAGCCACAUCCUGCCCUUCCUCGAGCCCACAAAACAAACACAUCAAACUCCUGCAGCGGGAAACAACCUGUUCACCGCUCCCACAUUCCUGCAGCGAUGGUGACGUCAUGAAGAGUUCCUCAAACAUCUCUGACAUUCCGCUUCAGACAUCAAACCCUCAUCAUCCACAGGACUGAGCUCCAAACUCCCGACGCUUCUUACAGCAGAACCAUCAUGAUGUUGGAAAUCUACCUGGUAAUGACAGUUGCUGCCAGUGCUGUUUCUCAAGAGGCAGAAGAGCCUGUAUCAUAUACGCAGUGCACAGAAGGCUAUGAAUAUGAUCCUAUUAAAGAGGUAUGCACAGAUAUUGAUGAGUGCGCCCUUGUCUCUGAUGCCUGCAAAGGAGGCAUGAAGUGCAUAAACCACUAUGGUGGCUACCUCUGCCUCCCUCAGAAUGCCCAGAUAUUUGUCACUAAUGGGGACGAAUCAUCCCAGCCCACAGACCCUGAUCCCCAAACCCCCCUUAACCCUCUGAACCCCACUAACCCACAGAACCCACAAACACGUACCCAGUCAAACCACAGAGGUGUAGCAGCUGGAGCCUCACAGUGCUUGCCAGGUUUUACACUGGAUGAGCAAAACUACUGCCAAGAUAUAGAUGAAUGUUCUCAAGGCCUACACACCUGCAAUGCAGACCAGAUCUGCUACAACACAAGAGGUUCCUACACUUGUCAGUGUCAUCCUGGAUACCAGAAACAUGGAGAACAGUGUGUGGAUAGAAAUGAGUGUAUGCUAUCACACUACUGCAUGCACAGAUGUGUGAACACUGCUGGCUCUUAUUACUGUGAGUGUAAAGAUGGCUACCAGCUCGCCAGCAACAACCACAGCUGUGUAGAUGUGAAUGAGUGUGAUCUGACUCAGCCAUGCCAACAUCAGUGUUUCAACCUCCUGGGCUCAUAUAUCUGUCAGUGUGAUCAGGGUUAUGAACUCGCGCCAGAUUCAGUCUCUUGUGUGGACAUCGAUGAGUGUGCAUUCUCCAGCUACAUGUGCCAGUAUGUGUGUAUUAACAGCCCGGGUGGAUAUUCCUGCGUCUGCCCAGAGGGAUAUCAGCUGCAGAGAACAAGAAUGUGUCAAGACAUCAAUGAGUGUGACACAGGCCACGAGUGUAGGGAAGAUGAGAUGUGCUGGAACUAUUACGGAGGUCAUCGCUGUUACCCUCAGAACCCGUGUCAGGAGCCUUACGUGCUGACGUCGGAAAACAGGUGUUCUUGCCAGUCUACCAGCCAGGGUGCGUGUCGAGGCCUGCCACAGUCUAUCGUUUACAAAUACAUGAGCAUUCAUUCAGAGCGCACCGUACCAGCCGAUAUCUUCCAGAUUCAAGCCACAAACAUCUUCUCCAGUGCACACUACACCUUCAGGAUUAAAGCUGGCAACGAUGGAGGAGAGUUCUUCCUUAGGCGGUUCAGCAGGGUUGGUGCGAUGCUGGUCUUGACCAAGUCCCUGGAGGGCCCACAGGAGCUGAUCGUUGAUCUGGAGAUGAUCACUCAACACACAGCAAUGAACUAUCGUUCAAGCUCUUUACUUCGGCUCACCAUCAUCGUGGGCCCCUACCCCUUCUAACAAUGCUGCUUCACACAUUUAUACACAUCCAGACUGCUUGCAUUGAAAUUACACGCAGCAAUGGUGAGAUGUUAUGAACUGUUCUAUUGUGUCUUUAUCUUGCAGUCAUCAUAAAAUAAGCUGACUCUUUUUCAGGGCUCCAGACUGCCACCAAAAUGGUUGCUAAUGUGACAAAAAAAAAAAACAUUUUAUGAUGAUAGUUUAAAAUCUAAACACUUUAUUGGUUUGUCAUAUUUCAUCAUUGCCUGAGGCCGAGUUGGAAGGGGGGUCAUGAGCAGGGCAGAUGGUGUAGAGAGGAUAUUUAGUUUGAUGGAUCUCCAUGAAUGGAUGCUUUUGAAUGAAUAUCUACUGUAAAUGAAGGACGGGUGAUUGUUAGUCACACACAGGUAAUACAGUACAUUUACAAAAAGUGUCAUCUAAUCAUAAGUUUAUUCACAUUUGCAAGUACAACUGAUUGCUUUCAGAGUUAGUCAGUUAAAAAACUGGGGGCACAAUAAGUUUGAGAACAAACAUCUCAGUUAGAUAGCCUUGGCAUUAUAAACUAAUGUGACGGGAGUAACACGACUGGUGCCAUGCUUCAGUAUAAAUGACACACUUUUCCUUUACUGAAAUAUAACCAUUACUAAAAAUUACCAGUGUUAUGUUGUGCAGCGGUUUCAUAUCAAAUAUAAAUUGGGAGUAUGUUAGAAUUACUUUAAUCAGAAAUUUGACAAAUCUCUCAAAUCUCAUCAAACUACUUCUCAGAAAAUUCACAUUUUUAAAUCCUCCAAAACUCAACCUCUUUUACUUCCAUUGUAAUCUUUCAAUUGUAAUCAAAAUUCAACAUUAUGCUAUUGCUUAAAUUUGCAAUUUCAAAUCUUGCCUAACUGACAGGCUUUUUUUUUUUUUUUUAAUCAGAAGCAUGCCAGUAAUAAUGGUGUGUUUGGUCUGUUUAGAGUGAAAUAACAUCAGAUAGUUUACUCGAAGCAGCUGUUUUCACCAAAAGUCAAGAGAGACGACAUUUAAUUGCAAGUUUGUAGGGCAGCUCUUAAAUGGGAGUGUAUUAGCGGUUUUGCAUACAUGAGUAAUAAUGAUCUUAAGAGUGUGACGGAAAACUAAGUCUGAUUCUGCAGUUUACUAAAAUAAAUAUUACUGCAAUUGAUUCUUAAAUAAAUUCCAAUACUUUAUAGUCAUUUUUAAGUAUGGAGCCCUGCUAAUGUAAGAAAAAGCAUUGCCAUGUCUUUAUUAAAUAUUCCUGCACAUGCUUGCACUUACAAUUCAUUGAUGUGAAGGUGUACAUGACUGAACAACUCUACUGUAUAACAGCUUUCUUUUGCUGACUAUUGUUUAACUUGUCAGCAGACAGACAGUAGUGUUUUGACAAAGGAAUAUUGAGUUACAUAUACUUUUUUUUUUUUUGUGGAAGGGGCACCAUUUUUGGAGUCAUUUCUUUCUAACCCUAACCUGCAAAGUUUGGUCACUAAUAGAUAUAAAAGAGUGGUCAUAUGUUGGAGCACAAUUUUUAGAUCUUUCAAAUGAUGCACAUUUUGUCUGUAAACAUAGAAAGUGAAAGUGGUGACCUCCGGCAAGUUAAAAGUUUGCCAACCCCUGCCAAUAGGUAUCGUAUGUUGGUUUAAUUAUAUUGCUAACCUAUGUUUUGCACUGAUGACAUGAAAGUAACCUGAUUCUGGCUUUGCAUUUCCACAUAAUUCAUCUGCUUUCAAAUAAAUGGGCUUCAGCCUAACAUUAUUCACUAGCUGAAACACAGAUAUCCAUAUCAACAUCUCAGAGCCUAUAACAGGGAUGAAAAAUACAACAUUAAUAUCCUCUUAUGGAACUUUUUGGACUU